GAAGCAGCGCAAGGACUGACGUCCAGAACAUCCUGCCUAUAGGAUCCGAGCCGCCAGCCGAGCCCCGCUUUCCCCCCUCGCUUUAAAUCCGGCUGGCGAUGGCAGGCGCCGAAAGCGGGAGGGAUUGGCAAUGCAGCGCGGCAGCAACUCCCGAAAGUUCUUGCUUUCUGUAACUCGCUGCUUUCGGACUCGGAGCUGCCGGGCAGACCCCGAGCUGGGAGUUUGACCAGCCCCGUUUGCGAAAAUGCCUGCCACUUGCUGGUCUUUGCAUUUGAUAUUUGGCCUUCCAGAGCUGGGGAAUACUUAACAGCAAGAGAAGUCAAGGAGGAAAAGGCAAGUUUCACAAUUCAAACAAUGCUAAAACAGGUUCUACUUUCACCUUAUGGAAACAGGACUGUGGAGCAAGCUGCAGGUGCUUUUUGGUUGGGUUGUUGACAAGAUGUGUCACAAAGUGAUAUGACUUUUAAACUCCUCUGACUGUUUAAAGCCAGCAAGGAGCAGCAAAAUUAAAACAAGAAAUUAAUUCAAGGAAUUAGAGGACUUUCAAAGAAGAAAGCUGUUUUCCGAGAAGAGCCAAGUAGGACGAUGGCAUCUGGAGAGUGCCUUCUGCUAGACCUAGAAACAGACAACUUCAUUUUCUAUAACAUCUCUGUCAACCAGAGUGCAAACUUUUCCCUCCUGGGGGAAGACUGGUUUUACCCAGCGUUCCUCUACGCCAUCCCCACUAUCUAUGGGAUCAUCAUUCUGAUAGGCCUUAUUGGCAAUAUCACUUUGAUUAAGAUCUUCUGUACUGUGAAAUCCAUGAGAAAUGUCCCUAAUUUGUUCAUUUCCAGUUUGGCUCUGGGAGACCUGCUGCUUUUAGUGACUUGUGUGCCUGUGGAUGCCAGCAGGUACCUUGCUGACGAGUGGCUGUUUGGCAGAACUGGAUGCAAACUUAUCCCCUUCAUACAGCUCACCUCUGUAGGGGUGUCAGUCUUUACUCUCACUGCUCUCUCAGCUGACAGGUAUAAAGCUAUAGUAAGGCCAAUGGAGAUCCAAGCAUCGCAUGCACUGAUGAAGAUUUGUGUGAGAGCUGCUAUAAUCUGGAUUGUAUCCAUGUUGCUUGCCAUCCCUGAAGCAGUAUUUUCAGAUCUGCACCCUUUCCAUGACAAAGGGACUAAUAAAACCUUUAUCAGCUGCGCUCCUUACCCUCAUUCAGAUGGGCUGCAUCCCAAAAUCCACUCAAUGGCAUCAUUUCUCAUAUUUUAUAUUAUUCCCCUAUCUGUAAUUUCAGUAUAUUAUUAUUUUAUUGCUAAGAAUUUGAUCCGGAGUGCUUACAACAUCCCCGUGGAAGGAAAUGUGCAUGUGAGGAAACAGAUUGAGUCCCGCAAGCGCCUGGCCAGGACCGUGCUGGUGUUCGUGUGCCUCUUCGCCUUCUGCUGGCUGCCCACUCACAUCAUCUACUUAUACCGCUCCUACCACUACUCCGAGGUGGACACCUCCGUGCUCCAUUUCAUUGCCAGCAUCUGUGCUCGGAUCCUGGCGUUCACUAACUCUUGUGUCAACCCCUUUGCUCUCUACUUGCUCAGCAAGAGCUUUCGGAAGCAGUUCAACAACCAGCUGCUGUGCUGCAGAGCUCGGCUGCUCAUCCGCUCCCACAGCAUGGCCAGGAGCACCACACGAAUGACCUCCCUCAAGAGCACCAACCACUCCCUGGCCACCUUCAGCCUGAUCAAUGGCAACCACAUCUGCCACGAAGGCUGUGUCUAAAAGGCACAGUCAGGGACAUAAUAGCUGAGCGUGGCUGCUGGACUUUGCUCCAUGGGCAUGGUGAGCAGCGCACACACGCGUGCACACGCACGUGCAAGGAGGUGUGGUGUGCUCAGAGACCUCAGAGGAGCUUGAAGCAAUCAACAUUUCAUCUUGGGCUGAGGUUGAAGCAUCCAGCAUUUCACCCUGGACUGAGGCAUCUCCAGAGCAUCAGAUCAUUGAGCGCCAGCCCACGGGAUCUCCCUGGGACUGCUGCUGUGCUUUCAGUGAGAGCAAAAUGAGCAUCUUAAGAUCAAAUCUUUUUUGGCUCUGCAGAAUCUUCAUCACUUCCUGCUCAAUCCCAAACUUAUGCAGACUUGCAGCAGUGAUAAAGACCAUAUCAGGUGCACACAGUUUGUCAGAAUAGUUGCAUCCGUCACUUCAUGGUGUAAUGUAUUUUGACAUAGAAAUAAAUCCAUUUAAAUAAGGUAAAUACUUUUACAAAGGAGUCCAGUGUAGGUCAUUUACAGACUUUUCAAGUAUUUAUUAAUGUCCUGAUUACAGUAUUAAUUCAUGGUCUAAAGAUAUCAAGAGUUUACUGGGGCAUGUCUGUGGCCCCAUCUGAAAUGAGCAGUAUCUUGCACCACGUCAAUGUGAAAGCAGUUAACGUGAAUAAAUGUGAGUUGGAAUAUGUUUACAGCUUUCA